AUGGGACACCAGUCGCUCGCGAUAGCUGUCAUCCUUUGUGUCUUGAUAUGCCAGGUAUUGCGAAUUUGACUCUCCUUUGAAUUGAUUUGUAAUUUAAGUGUAGGCAUAUUCAUUAGUCAUGUGUACAUAUCGAAAACAUAUUAAACCUUCAUGUUUUUAUUGUGUUUUUACAGGGUCUUUGUUCAGGGGUUUUCGAGUUGAAGUUACAAGAGUUUCUCAACAAGAAAGGAGUGACAGGCAAUACAAACUGCUGCAAAGGAGCCUCUGGGAUUCAGCAGUGUGAAUGCAAAACGUUUUUUAGAAUCUGCUUGAAGCAUUAUCAAGUUAACGUAACACCGGAACCCCCUUGUACCUAUGGCGGUGCCGUGACUCCUGUCCUCGGAUCAAACUCCUUUCAAGUGCCUGAAACAACUGCAGAAGCCUUCGCCAAUCCUAUUCCGUUUUCUUUUGGAUUCACGUGGCCGGUGAGUGUUUCAGCGCAUUUUUGUCAAAUUAUACAAUGUAAUCUUUGUCAGCAUGCUCAGGGCUCACCACUUAUGGGGCAUUGACAAUAUCAGUAACGGUCGUAGUGAAAUGUAGUCUAUAUCGGGAGAGGAGGGGACUUGGGCACGUUUAACAAAUGCUAUCAGGGUGGGAACUUCACGUCCUCAUAGAUGGCAUAUAAUUGCCAGCUCUGCGUGAAAUUCCGAAACGUUUCAUUUUACAGCUGUGAGUAAGUGUGAAAGUGGUUGAAUUAAGUGUGAAGCCUAAAAGUGGCACACCUCUAUUAUUAGGCCUAACAGACGCCACCCUUCACAUGUGAAUUAGCCUGAUGUUUAUGGACAGUGGUGCCUCAGUAUCUUAUAACCCUUUUGCACAGUUGUUCAUUAUUCGAUUUUUUCCUUCUAUUUUUUCAUCAGGGGACAUUCUCUCUCAUCAUUGAGGCCCUACACACAGAUUCCGACGAUGAUCUUUCAACAGGUAAAUUCCAUAGAGAGCAACAGGUCACCAAAUAAAUUUACAUAAUCAUUCAUUGUAAAUAUGUAUAGGGAUAUAUGUACUAAUUCCUGUAUUCACCAUUUUCAGAUAACCCUGAACGUCUGAUCAGUCGCUUCACCACUCAGAGGCAUCUGACAGUGGGAGAUGAGUGGUCCUCUGAUUUACAGACUGGUGGAAGAACAGAGCUGAAGUACUCCUACCGAUUUAUUUGUGAUGAGCAUUACUACGGGGAGGGUUGUUCUGUUUUCUGCCGUCCACGAGAUGAUGCCUUUGGUCACUUCACCUGUGGGGAACGUGGUGAGAUCAUUUGCAACUCAGGAUGGAAGGGAACCUACUGCACAGAACGUAAGUAGGCUGCAUCCUCCUUACUUUUGCUUUCCCAUACUUAGCCUACUUUAACUUUUGUUGUUCCGUUUUUUCUUUUUCUUUCACAAAAGUAUUCUUAAUGUGGUUAAUUUGCAGUCUUUAGUCAGAAUAAACCAUGCGUUAUUACCAAAUAGUUUCACUUAUCAAAAAUGUGGGUUGCAACAGGUGUCUAUGCUACUGUUUAGGCAAAUUUAAAUGAGAGAAGUUUGCCGAAUAAUCUCACGCGUGCCAUAGAUUAAAUGUAAUGCCUGAUUGGCUACUUGGCAGUGCGCUUGGCGUUGAUUGGCUUAGUGUGGUGAGGCAUUGUUGGAAGUGGGCAGCUGCUGAGUGAGAGUAGACAAUGGAGCAGCUGUCCUGCACUGGCACCAUGUACACCAGCUGUCCACUCUUAUCUGCACAGACUCGGGGACAUUAAGGGGAGGGGCUGUAUGAGCAGAAAGAAAAAAAGGGACUUCUGACCCAUAGUUAGGAGAAAAAGAAGCCUUUGUGUGUGAAUCUUUUGUGUGGGAGCAACUGUGUUAAGCAGAAUGUUGGUCCCCCUGGUGACAAGGGGAGCGUAUUUUCUAGGUAACGGCUAAUGGGGCCACCAGCCCACUGAAAUGAAUUAGCCAGUGUUUACUGAAAAGGGCCCAUCUGAAAAGAAGCUCUGCUGGUAUAAACACAUGUUCCAAUGAGUUAGAUUCCCAUGAUUCACGUGUGAUGGUCUCUCUCAUUGCAGCGAUCUGUCUUCCUGGUUGUGGUGAGGAGCACGGGUUCUGUGACAAGCCUGGUGAAUGCAAGUAAGUCCCAAUGACCUGUCCAUCUCUGUGUUAAACACCAGUCAACAGGAUCACAGUUUGGUAUAGUUUCAUAUAUGCUAGUAUCUAACCAUUUGCAUUGUGUGUGGUUACAGGUGUAGAGUUGGCUUCAGUGGGCGUUACUGUGAUGACUGCAUCCGCUACCCAGGGUGUCUUCACGGCACCUGCCAGCAGCCGUGGCAGUGUAACUGCCUGGAGGGAUGGGGUGGCCUCUUCUGCAACCAAGGUGAGUUCUGUUUAUCUCCCAUAUGCAACUGACUAGUGCUCUUCUGUCAUUCUCCACCAUAUUCAGACUCUACUGGUCUUGAGACAGCAUACAGUAUCUCCACUAAGUUCUUUAAGCCACUAUUCCAAUCAGGUUCAAAGAAUAGGACACUGCAAUUCAAACAUGGUGAAAACAUUGGUGGGGGGGCUUUCUUCGCUUUAAAAUAAGUCGGAAAACAUCCUGGAUAUAACUGUACAUUAACUUUCAGAAGACUAAGCCACAUGUGCCAUUGUCUGUUUCAGAUCUCAACUACUGUACACACCACAAGCCCUGCAUGAAUGGAGCCACUUGUACCAAUACUGGCCAGGGUAGCUACACCUGCUCCUGUAAGCCCGGCUUCUCUGGGGCCAGCUGUGAGAUUGAGGUCAACGAAUGUUCCGACAACCCCUGCCGGAAUGGGGGAAGCUGCACUGUAAGUAGUUUUGGCUGAGCUGCCCCUCAUUAGUUACAUUAGAAAGCAUUUCUCAGUGAUGUAAUGUCACAUAGUGUGUGGUGCUGCUAUGCUAGAGCUGGCAAGCAUUCCUCGUAUCAUGUUGAUAACAAGUUAAUAACAAGUCGUUAGGGAGUUGUAACUUUUGCUAAGCAAGUGCUUUGUCUUUCCUCUGACAGGAUCAAGAAAACACAUUCAAAUGUGCCUGCCCCCCAGGCUUCUAUGGCAACAACUGUGAGCUCAGUGCCAUGACCUGUGCUGAUGGGCCUUGCUUUAACGGCGGACGCUGUGCUGACAACCCAGAGGGAGGAUACUACUGCCAGUGUCCUCUCGGCUAUGCCGGAUUCAACUGUGAGAAGAAGAUCGACCACUGCACCUCCAACCCAUGCUCCAACGGUAAGCUGAAACAAAGUUCUCCAGUUCUGAGUUUACCAGUUGAAUCUUUCUAUUGAAAGUAUGAGGACAUGAAUGAAUACUUGAACAGACGGUUUAACAUGUCUUUCUAAUGUCUCCAGGUGCCCAGUGUAUGGACCUUGUGAACUCCUACAUGUGCCAGUGCCCUGAGGGUUUCUCCGGAGCCAACUGCGAGGACAACAUUGACGAGUGCGCCAACUACCCCUGCCAGAAUGGUGGCACAUGCUCGGAUGGCAUGAACGAUUACACCUGCACCUGCCCACCUGGAUACACCGGAAAGAACUGCAGCUCGCCCAUCAGCAAAUGCGAGCACAACCCCUGCCACAAUGGAGCCACCUGCCACGAGAGGAAGAACCGCUACGUGUGCGCCUGUGUGCCAGGCUACGGUGGCCAUAACUGCCAGUUCCUCCUGCCAGCGCACCCCCAGGGACAGCCCGGGGUGGAGGGAGCUGAUAAGAGAUACUCUGAUGACCAGGACCAAGGUACAUUCCCCUGGACCGCGGUGUGUGCUGGGAUAAUCCUGGCGCUGCUGCUGCUGGUGGCCUGUGCCGUGCUGAUGGUUUACAUCCGGGUCAAGGUGCAGCAGAGGAGCCAGCAGGGAGACAACCACAGUGAGAGUGAGACCAUGAACAACCUGGCCAACAACUGUCAACGACCUGACAAGGACCUAUCUGUCAGCGUAAUCGGCACGACAGGGGUCAAGAACACAAAUAAGAAAGUGGACUUUCACUCGGACAAUGCUGGAGGAGAGAAGAAUGGCUACAAGUCCCGAUACUCGUCAACGGAUUAUAAUCUGGUGCAUGAGCUGAAGCCAGAAGAUUUGUCGAAAGAGGACCAAGAAAAGAGCGAGGCGAAGUGUUCCGAAUCAAAUUGUUCCGAAUCUCUGUGUUCGGACAGUGAUUUCGAAGAGAAACACAGAAAAAGUUUAAAGAGGUGAAUAUCUACACAUUUGGAUAUAAAUUAUUUGUGACGUUAAUGGGAGUAGUCAUGCUUGUGUCUGAAGAGUCUUGGUGAAUGUUGAUGUUAAUGUCUUUAUUUUUCUUGUGUUCUCAGUGACGCCUCAGAAAAUAAACGUCCAGAGGAGUCGAUGUGCAACGAAGCAUCGAUGUGCAACGACACAAAGUACCAGUCAGUCUACGUCAUAUCAGACGAGAAAGAUGAAUGUAUCAUUGCGACUGAG